AUGGGGUCGAGGGAUCAUGACAGAAUUCACGCCAACACACCGCAAGGGCAGCCCCAGACCCCUGCCAACAACACUCCUUUUCGGCGAGCGGCAAUCACAAAGGCGGCCACGACUACGAAGGCAACAAGACAGACGAGAAACAAAAAUAAGAGCCCCGAGCCCUCGAUCUCGAGUUUGAAGCCUCGGAAGAUACGUUCUCCUGCAGACUGGGACAGCCAGACUACCCUGACGCAGAUCGACUAUGUGAGGAGGCCGCCGCAGGACAACGAAGCGCUGGAUUACAUCGAGAACGACGAUGGCAAAAGCACUCGGAAGGGCGAAAUUGAGGUGAUCGACCUGGAGCAUGAAUCCAGUGAUGAUGAUACCGAAUAUCGUCCCUCGAAUCGGCGAACGCGGGAAACUCGCACUCCCAGAGUCCAGCAUGCGAAUCGAGAUAAGAGUACUGGCAGGCGUGGAUCCAGUAUCAAGGACAGCAGGCUUGAGAAUAGUGGGGAAAAGAGCACUAAACAUGGAAGAAAAUCUAUGACCAUGAAACCAGGAAAGUCGAAGGACGAGAAGGGGAGAAACAAAACGCUCACACAGAUGGACUUUGUGCGACGCUUCAUCAUCAUCGAUGACUCGGACGACGAUCGGGACCUGGAGUAUAUCGAGCGUACUUCCAAGGAUCACACUAGAGACGACGCAAAGACGAACAACAAACCCAGUGUAAACAAUGACGCUGAACAAAGGACGGAUAACCAGGGUCCUCGGAAGAAAAGGAAGCUGAGCAAUGAUCCUGCGUCUGUCGGGUCGCCUGUGAUGCCACAGUCGGAUAAAGUAGUCGAGUCACCGGCUAAAAAUCAUAUCACUGUCAACCGUCCUAUUCUGAAUCCUUCUACGCCUCAAAAAUGUCAGAUGUCUCAGAGGCUGGAGAUCCCCUCUUCACAGUCUCCCGAAAGUCCUGGUCAACUGAUCAUCCCAUCACCUCACCUACGCGAUGUCCCUCGGUUUCCUCUUAAACCUCUGCCAGGUAACACCGUCGACAAAACGCCUGAAAAAGGAAAAAAGACAAUUGUUCCUGACGGCAGAUCUUCACCACGCUCAGCUCGUGCAUUGUCACGAUCAAAGUCUCCAGUACCAGAGUCCCCAACCGUCGCUGAUUCGCAACGUCCUCCUCUCACGGAGGUACUAGACGCUGACACCCCACUACAGUCGCAGGGUGACAUGAAUGGUCAUGCACCAUCGUCUAGGCCACGGGAAGAACAAGAACAUGAUGAAGCGGAAGGGAAAUCCUCCGCGAGAUUUGAAAAGACAGUCGUGUAUGAGACUGAUGCUGAGACGGAUUAUGGUGACUUUGAUGACACAAUGACACAGUCUAGUCAAGCUGGUCGGCGAGACGGUGGAGAUGACAGGAGCGAUGCUGCGGGAAGUGACAAUGGACCCCAUAGUGAUGACUCGCAGGAUCUGCCUCCGCAAGUCCCCAAUUCGGGUACUGAUCUCGAGGGGGGUGAUGGUAACUAUUCAGAUCACGCGUUGCCUUCAGAUGCAUCCUUAUUCUACCGCCGACCACCUCAAUACACUCAGUUUCCGGCUGGACCGGUCCCGCAGCUGAACACUCAACGGAUAGCAGAGCUAUUUCCGGAAGACAGCAGCACUCAACAAGGUCCCAACGGCGGUUCAACGCGGGGACAAUCUUCUCCGCCAAAGAAUCAUCCUUCCGACAUUUUGUGCCCCCAGACGCAAACCCAGACCCAGAGCCAAGAUCCCUUGAAAAUGUCGACUGAAGUCGUGCCAGAAUCCUCACCGGUGCAGAGAGAUGCGGACGACACGAAGGAUGUCGAUGAUCCUCAUCCAAUACCUCCUCCGCAGGAGUCAGUGGUUCUUGUAGAGUCUUCGCAGCCGGUGGACAAGAUCAACAGACAGAAGGAUCCGGGUCCUGAGCCGCGGAAACUUGUAUCUGCUGGUCAAUGGCUCACGGAUAGCGUGAUGGAGAGCCUACCUGCUCCACCGUGGCAGCUGAGCCAGGACAGUGUUGGGGAGCCAUAUCCAUUACCUGAAGGGGGAGUCACUCCUGACAGCUGGCUCUCCGUUUUUGCGAUUGUUUCUUUUUCUCUACGUCCUGUAAUUGGAAGAACCCUUCUCGGAUCGUCUGGAGGUAUGGAUAUUGCCUACGACCAUAUCCAGGAGGAUCUCCUGUCCUCCAAUGAGGCCUCCAAGUCGGGCGAUGGUUCCGAUGGCUCGUCCAGCAGUCAACGCCCGAACCUCGAUCUCAGCGCCGAAUUCCAGGAGACGUUCCGCGCAUUCUCUAACAGUUCUUGGGGUAUAAAAAUUGGUGGGAUCUGGGACAAUGUGCGCAAACAGGGAGAGAGCUAUUACGAGGGUGCCCGGCAGGAGUAUGCGGCUGCGAGCGAGGAGGCUGUGAAAGGAUUCACGGAUCUACGCGACAGUAUCGUGGGCAGAACUAGAGGUUUAUCCUUGGGUGGAGCACUGUCCAGUCUUACAGACAGCGGCAAGAACAAGGAGACGGAUGAAGCUGCUACCCCGACCGCCUCCAAGGAUGAGAAAGAGGGCGAGGAAGGGGAGAGCUUCAUCGCACGCUUCCGUGCGGAAGCCGCGAAGAGGCUGAAGGAUAUCGAGAGGGCGGAGGAUGCUGCAGAUGAAGCCCUCUUGCGAUUCGGGACCAACAUCCGCAACUUCUUGCGGGAUGCCGUCAGCAUUGCUCCUCCCGAUGAGGGCAGCUCCUCCGACAAGAACAAGGUGCUCUUCGAGAGCAAAGAUUCCGAGGGCAAGCGGGUUUUUCAUGCCACUCGUUUCGAGGCGCAGUUGCAUGUCAUCCACACCAACCUGGACAGCUUCAGCAAGGACCCUGUCAGCGACGAGUGGCCCGCUUUCAAGCAGAAUUUCAACGUGGAGAGCAAGACGGACGACAUUGCGAAGGAUUUAGAGGCGUAUCCUGAACUCCGGCGGGCAAUGGAGAAGCUCGUCCCGGAAAAGGUCGAAUACGCAGAUUUCUGGUCCCGAUACUAUUUCCUCCGCCUUGUGGUUGAGACGGAGGAGAAGAAGCGCAAAGAGUUGCUGAAAGGUGCUGCAGACGAAGAAGAAGUCGGCUGGGACGAAGACUCCGACUCUGAAUCCGAUUCCCCUUCGACCCCCCAGGUCAAAUCCAACAAACAGAGUGCCGCCUCCUCCAGCCUCGCAGUCUCGGACAAUGAUACCCUGAAACCAGUCGAGCCGCGCCGCUCCAACGACCAGCAAUCGCAGCCCGACAGCGAGUCCAGCUACGAUCUCGUCAGCGGCGCCAACAGCCGCACUCCGGGCAGCCCUCGCGAGAAGUCGAGCAACAGUAAAGCCGACGAGAGCGAUGAAGAGGAUUGGGAAUAA